CAUGAUUAUUUACUAUAAACUGACAUUAUUGACACUGGUACUGAGCUUUCAUCAACAAGGCCAUGCGAUCAUUGGAGGUCACGAGGCUGUGCCUCACAGCAGACCUUACAUGGUGCUUUUGCUGAUGAACAGGCCAGGUGGUCGUAUAGGACAAUGUGCUGGCUUCCUUCUCAGUGAGGAUUUUGUGAUGACUGCUGCACACUGCCAAGCCGAGUCCUACAAAGUUUUUCUGGGACUUCAUAAUUAUCAUGAUCAGAAUGGUGUACAGCACGUUAAUGUGCCUGGGAGAAAUGCAUUUCCAAUGAAAGGCUACAAUCCAGUUGAUUGUCGAAAUGAUAUGAUGCUUCUUAAGUUGAGCACCAAGGCAGAGUUGAACGACAAAGUGAAACCCAUUGCUCUUGCUGACCGUGAUGAUGGAUCUCUGCCAAAAGCAUGUGUCAUUUCUGGUUGGGGAAGCACAGAAAACAGCAAAUAUAUGUCUGUCAAACUCCUGGAAUUAAAUGUGACCCUGACUGACAAUGAGCUGUGUGCUAACACAAACAUGUACUGCUCUGAGGGUGAGAGAGGACCUGGUCAGGGAGACGCUGGUGGUCCAUUAGUCUGUGAAGAUGGAAAGGCAUAUGGGGUGAUAUCCGCCAGCACAAUGAACCCAGAUGGCUCAAAAAUCCAGAGUUAUAAAAAGAUACCGGACCACUCCAUCAAAGAACAUAAGGGAAAGUACUGCACGGCACUGAAUGAACCAGCAUUGCAGCCAUGGGUCAUUGUGAGCAUCACAGGGAAGGUUGAAACCGCCCACUGCACCUGUAUGGCCGGAGUCGCGGAUACCUGCAGCCAUGUCACCCCUCUUCUGUUUAAAGUAGAAGCAACAGUGUUGAUCCGUGGCACAAGGACUGUUACAGAUGAACCUGCAUACUAG